UCUAGUCAUGCUAAGAUAAUUACGUACUUUUGGUAUUUUCUAAAGUCGAUCGACCCUGUAGAGGAAAAAUUUUCGCUCCCUGAAAAUUUUAUCUCAGGAGGAUAUUUCAAUGUUUGUUCUUCCUAAGCCGUUGCUUGUCGUGAAGGCUACUUUAGGCAUCCCUGCCGUUAGGAGAGCUGCUGCUUUUUAUAGCACCGAAGGUCUGAACCUUCAGGUUGACCAAACUGACCUUCACUUGAAAAUUCAGGAUGCUUUCACAAAGGUCGCUAGUGAAACCCUCACUGAAGUCCAAGGAAGAGUGAUCCCAGAGAUGCUCACUACCAGUAAUGGUGUGUUAGUGAGAGCAAAAACUGGGACUGGUAAAACCUACGCGUUUGGCCUCCCUGUGAUCAACGAGUGGUUGAGUGACAAAAAUUUUGGGAAGCAGGACAGUGUUCACACGGUGGUGAUCAACCCUACUAGAGACCUUGCUUUCCAAACCCAAAGGGCUCUGGAUAAGGUUUGGAAGGUUUCUGCCCCUAGAAACAACCGCCGAGGCAUCGAUUUGUGCGUUGGGCAGAUGAAGUAUGAUCAAAUUAGAAGGGGAGUUAAUGGAAGAUUCAAAUCUGCGGCCUUAGUGGCAACACCAGGAAGAUUGCUUGACAUGUUGGAGUCUGAUGAAUCAUUUGCAAAAUCAUUCAAAGAUUUGAGACAUUUUGUUAUUGAUGAGGCUGACGUUCUUUGCGCUCAUGAUUUUAAGGAAGCUCUCUUGGCUGUCGUUAGCCGGUUCAAAGAGAAUCAUCAAGAUCCUAGCUUGCUUAAAGUGACCAUGUUUUCUGCCACCAUGGACUCGAACACGAAAGAACUUGCCCGCAAACUGAUGGGCGAGAAUUACAAAUAUAUUGAUGUGAGUUCUGGCCCAGAAGUGACGGACAGUGUCCAACAGUCACUUGUGACCACAAAUAGCCUUUUUGAAAGCUUUGCCGUUGCCUUGAAAUUGUUGAUUGAAAAAUUAGAUGCCACCAACGGUAAGGUUAUUGUGUUCAUGCCGAACAUUAAGACCACGGAUUUCUUCUAUUGUUUGGCUAAAGAGGUCAUCGACGAAUACUAUGGUAGAAAAGCCGAGGUCUACACACUGCACGGCGAUUUGAGUCAGGGUGCUCGCAACAGAAACCAGGUCAGAUUCAGAAAUGCUAGAAAGGGAGUUUUGGUCUCGUCUAACGUCGGUGCUAGAGGUAUGGAUUUCCCUGGUGUCAACUGUGUGAUUCAGUUGGGAGUGCAAUAUGAAACAGCUUCGCAUACUCACAGGGUGGGUAGAACAGGAAGAGCCGGAUCUACAGGAGAGUCUAUCUCCGUAUUGACCGAGCAUGAAAUGUUUUAUGCUGAAAGAUUAAAGGAAGAAGGUCACGAGUUUGAGAUUUUGGAAAAACCUGAGAUUACUCCCGAUUUCGAAAAGCAAAUGAUAAGCGCUUUGAGAGACAUUCCAUCUGAUAUGAACCAGAUGAUCACGUCGCUUUUAGGGUCUUAUGGGUCUGUGCCUCGGAUAGAGAAAGAUGGUGAUCCGAAAAGUCUUGCUCUUGAUUGUGGUGAUCUUUAUCAAAAAUUUAUGGGUGAAGGUAAUCUGCCUUCUGUCAAAGCUGUCGAUCUUGAUAGAUUUAGAGUUUCAUCUCGUGAUGCCGAAGGUGUUUUCAACGUGAGAGGGAAUUUGAGAAAGGGAUUCAAUUCUGGAGGAUACAACAACAGGGGACAAAGGAACUUUGGAGACAGAAAUGAGGGAUCAUACAAACAAAGAAGAUUUGGUAAUGGGUACGGAGGUAACUUCGAAAGAAAGAAUUAUGGGAAUCGCCGUUGGGACAGAAACAAUAAGUUUUAGAAAAGAGUUGCAUGCGCUUCAAACUUGCUGUAAAUUUUAGUUCUUCAAUACUGUAUAUAUGCGUCGCAAAUGAUAUUGAUAUUAUGAUGCGCUUGAAUGACUAACGAUGUCCUGUAGCAUUCGGGAUAUCGGCGCAAUUCUUCUUGUUUCUCUUUGGAGGCGGCCUGAAUUUUAUGCAGGAUCUUUUCAACUAGUAAAUUGGUAUUUUUUUUAUAUGGAGCACCUUCGCUCAUGCCAUUAAUCAUCGGCAGUAUUUUGCUGAGAUCUUUCUCUUGCAGCGUUGCCAGAGCAAUUUCAGUUCGGAACGACAUUUCAUUUGACGUUAGAGUGUACUCACCGUAGUAGUUGUGCUUCUUGAGGAAUUCUGACUGUUCACCUUUGAGCAAUUUCAAAAUGUAAGGUGUUAUAUCAAGGCUGUUCCAUGGAUUACAACAAGGGGGUAGCAUGAAUCCAUAUUCGCAGAGAAGAAACUCGUCACUGUGUGCUCCAUAGCUAAAAAAUAUUUGGUCUCCAUUGCCAUAUGGACGGGACCCGGACGUCACCUGAAAUCCUUUGGUAGAAGAGAUACUAACGGAGCAAUGAUCCUCAGGUGCGUGGUUGAUGAAAUCAACAAAAGGAACAAGUGUAAAAUUAUCCUCCAGCUGUUUGUCCAAUAUUUCUGGUAGUUCCAUAUAUAGGCAUCUCGAAUUGCAGCAAACCCAAGCCCAUAAAAAAUCAUCUUGGGGGACAAGACUUGUACCGUCCAAGCCAGCAACCAAAAGAAACUCUUGAACAGCAUUGUAGUCGCUGAGGAAUUUUUCCUGUUGGGCUUUAGAGUGCUCUUUUAUAGAAUUUGGUAGCAAAUCGAAUAUUGGGUCAUUUUGAAGAGCCCAUAUCAUAGGCAUCCCAUCAAGCUCUGAUAUCGACGGGAGCACGUCAAUGAAGGGUUUCCAAUAAGAUUCUGGUUUUUGUUUUUCCAGAACGAGGUAGAGUGAAACAAGCUGAAAGGACGAUAACUGCAGCAGUUUGGAUAAUUCGAAAUUGGCAUAAAUUGGAUCAAUCGGCCCCUCAGGAACAUAGAUGUAGUUCGUACUGUUGAUGGGAGAAUCCCAGUUUGCGCUUUUCUCUAGAUGUUUGAGUAUUGUCACGUAGUUCAAUAAAUAAGAGUGCGGCACGGUUAUCAGUGGCUCGUUUUUGGCUAUCUUGCUGUUCGCUACAAGCGACCGACCCGUCACAUCGACUUUAUUGACAUGGAGUUUUGAGGAUAUGAGGGCUGCAGGACGCUGUGAGUCGCCCUCAAGCCAGUGGACCAAUUUCUUUAAUGGAUCCAUGAAAAAUAAAAAAAUAAUUAUGCUUGUUCUAGGACUAACCGGAGGUAUAGCCAGCGGAAAAUCCACCGUGUCCAAACGCUUGCAAGAAGAGUAUCACAUAACUGUCAUCGAUGCCGACGAGAUUGCUCACCAAAUAGUGGAGCCUGGACGGCCUGCGUAUAAGAAAAUAGUGCGAUAUUUUGGUGAUAAGAUUACUGACCUAAUUUUGCCCGAUGGCACCUUGAAUAGACCUGCUCUUGGAGCUUAUGUGUUUCAAAAUAAAGGCGAAUUGCAAAUUCUCAACAAGAUCACACAUGGCCAAGUGCGCAAAGAAAUGCUGUGGCUGAUGCUGUGCAGCUGGCUUAAAUUGGAGUCAAUCGUGGUUCUUGACGUGCCGUUGCUUUUCGAAGCAGGCAUGGAUAUUAUUUGUGGCAUGGUAGUAAGUGUGGUUUGCGAACCAAAGAUACAAUUGCAAAGGCUGAUGGAGCGUAAUCCGGAACUCAGCCGUGCGGAGUGUGAAAAAAGAAUUGCAAGCCAGAUGUCGAACGAUGACAAGAUCAAGCGAUCAGAUUACGUACUAGACAAUAACAAUAGUGUUGAGGAGCUUAACCAGAAGAUUGAUAGCGUGAUACGCAAAGUGCAGCCUUCUUUGUGGGUCACGCUGCUAGAGUAUAUCCCAUUUAUUGGGGCGUUGUUUGCAAUUAAAAGUGUUGCACGAAGAUGGUGGAAAAACUACGAGGUCCGCCGGCAGUCAAAGACUGACUGAUUAGAAGCAUCAGCCAGCGUACAGGGCGGCAGCUAAUUUGUCCCACAAAAAAUAAAUGACAGCUGUCGACAGAAAAAUCUUUUGUCGACGCCUGUCGAUUAAAUUCUCUGUUGGGCAGCAUCCCAACAAAUCGACGGGGCGGUUUUAUUAGUGGCUUGAUCUCAAUUUUUUUUUUAAUAUAAGUACAUAUUCACUAGUAC